AUGUUCAGGAAAAUACACUCCAUAUUUCAUCCCAACUCCAGCAGGAGUAGUUUAUCUGAUGGGAUCCCAGCUUCUGAUGGCUCUGCAGUUCGUUUGAUCCGUAGCACCUCUAUGUAUGCUCUCCGAGAUGAGGAGCACACAUUAACCGAACCUCUGAAAAAAAGCAAAAGUACCACCAGCCUUAAUUCAGUUGUCUGCCUUCAGCUGAAAGAAGAAAAGGCAUGGAUGUACUCAAAGACGCAAGACUGUUUGCAAUAUUUACAAGAUUUGUUAGCUCUGAGGAAAAAAUACAUUGAGGGUGUCAAGGAUUUGAAAGCCUUAGGCAGAGGGCCUGAAAUUUCCCCUUUGCCUACAAAAUCUUCAGCAACAACAACAAAACCCCAAGCCUCUCCUCCCAAAAUGACUUCUAAGAUCUCUGCAGACAGAAAUGGCUUACAACUCAAUUCAGAUGUGACUGAAGCGAUUGCUUAUUUCGACUCAAUUAUUGCAAAGCUGGAGGCAGAAAGACUUCACAAAGUUGUGAGGGAUCAUCCACAUGUUGAUGUAGAUUUUGAUAAAAUGCCAGAGGAGGCAGUGUUGAAGCUUUUUGGGCAAUACUUCUUUAAUUUCUGCAAAACAUCAGGAUAUGAUAAAAUGCUACGGACACUAGGAGGAAAUUUGACGGAGUUUAUUGAGAAUCUUGACUCCUUACAUAGCUACCUUGCUUUGUCCUACCAGGAAAUGAAUGCACCAUCAUUUCGAGUGGAAAGGAAAGAUGGGGAAAUGCUCCUCCACUAUUAUUCAGACAGGAAAGGCUUGUGUCACAUUGUCCCAGGAAUUAUUGAAGCUGUAGCUAGAGAUUUCUUUGACUGUGAAGUGUCCCUGGAAAUCCUUGAACAAAAUAUAGAAGAGGAGCGCACUGGAAAGAAGGAGCAUGUGGUGUUUUUUAUUUUACAGACAAAUGAAACAGUGAAGCACAACAUGAAGGAAGAAACAAUUUCUGUAUGUGAAAAUGGAUCUCAGGAGAACAAAGAGCAACAAGAUGCGAUUUUUCAAAAAGGAAGGGGGAAAACUGCUGAACGGGAGGUCUCCUGUGAUGUUUUGAGACAUGCAGUCAAUUCUAAGGGGGGACAAAUGAUCUGGAUGGAUUGCAACCGUAGCAUGAUCUACUUGUGCUCACCAAAGCUCCGCAGUUUAGAUGAGUUAGAAGAACAAGAGAUGCACCUUUCUGACAUCGCCCAACAUGACCCAACAAGAGACCUGAUCCUCUUCAACCAGCAGCGCCUGGCAGAGAUAGAGCUUUCCAACCAACUAGAGAGAAAAAAGGAAGAGCUCAGGAUUCUCUCUAAGAACUUAGAGAUAGAGAAGAAGAAAUCAGAAACUGUACUCUAUUCCAUGUUGCCAAAACAUGUGGCUAAUCAGCUGAAGGAAGGCAAAAAGGUCGAAGCAGGAGAUUUUAGCUGCUGCACAAUACUUUUCAGUGAUGUAGUGACUUUCACAAAUAUCUGUUCUGUCUGUGAACCUAUUCAGAUCGUGAACAUGCUUAAUUUAAUGUAUUCAAAAUUUGAUCGACUGACUAACAUCCAUGAAGUUUAUAAAGUGGAAACCAUUGGUGAUGCCUACAUGGUCGUAGGGGGAGUUCCAGUCCCAGUUGCCAGUCAUGGUGAAAGGGUGGCUAAUUUUGCCCUUGGCAUGAGAAUUGCUGCAAGAGAUGUUAUGAACCCUAUUACCACUAGACCUAUACAGAUUAGAAUUGGGAUACACACCGGACCAGUGCUAGCUGGUGUAGUUGGGGAGAAAAUGCCCAGAUACUGUUUAUUUGGUGAUACCGUCAAUACGGCUUCCAGGAUGGAAAGCCAUGGAUUGCCAGACAAAAUCCAUAUCAGUUCAACAACAUUCAAAGCACUUCCUCCUCAAGUAUUUGAGACAGUGGAAAGGGGAACCAUAGAGGUGAAAGGCAAAGGGAAAAUGACAACCUAUUUUCUGAAACAAAAUCUCAGUGCUACUGAGGAUGAAAUAAUGGGACGGUUCGAAGAGACUUUUAGGAAUGUUCAUAGCAAUG